AUGUUAAAUUCCAAGAAGCUAAUUAAAUCAAAUCAGUUAAAUGAAUUAAAUAAUUAUCUUCUAGAAGUAAAGCAAGCAUUUAUUACAGAUGUACAUCAUAAAUAGUUUAAAAAAAGGAUUUUUAAUUUACAAAUGAACCUGUUAAUAUAAAUGAUAACAAAUUUCCAUUAUAAGAAAUUAUUGAAAAUACUAUUCCAUAAAUUAAAUAGGAUUAAAUAAAAUAACCUAUAUCUUAACCUUCAGAUGAUAUUUAGAAUUUGCUCCAAGAUUUGACAAGUUUAUUGGAAAAAAAUUUAUAAGAAUCCCAUAAUUUAUAUCAAAUUUUUUAAUCUAAUAAGUAAUUUAAUAGUAGAGGUUAAGAUUCUAAUUCUUCUUUUUAAGAGAAUAUUGAAGGAUUACAAGAAGAUAUUAAAUAAAAUGAAAUAAGAUUAUUGUAAAUGUAAAAUUCUAGAUUACUAAAUAAAAUUGAAACACUUAAUGAAUAAAUUGCACAAUUCGAAUCAGAUCUACAUGAAAAUUCAUAGGAUUAUAGAUAAUUGGUUAGUUUAAUAAAUUCUACUUAUUGUAUUUAAAGAAUUCAAUAUAUUGUUUAAUAAAAUGAAAUUGCAAUAUUAGGGAAAGGAAAUGAUGAAGAAAUAGAGUAGGGAGUUUUUGUUAUUGUUGAUGAUUAGAUAAUUUUAUCUCCUUCUUAUUUAGAUGAAAAUAAAAUGAUUUUAGAUAUUUCUUAAAUAGUAGAUGUCACAUAUAAAAAUGAUUUUUAGAUUAUUAUACAUUAUAAGGAAGGUAAAUUAAUAUUAAUUAUGGAAAAUCAAUAAGACUUUAGUAAAAUAGAUUUAUCUUUAUGGUCAAUUAUGAGAAAAAAUGUUUGUCUAAAUUCUGAGUAAUUAAUAUAUUUAUAAGAUUAGUAAAUUAUUUGAGAAUAGUUUAUUUGAAAGACCUUUUAGAUAAGAAAUUAAUAUAGAUUAUAAAAAAUUAAAAGAGCAAUUGUCUAAUAUAAUUCCAUAAAUGGAAUAGGAUUCAAAAUAAUAAUUUACUUUAAAUAUCAAAAAUUCUGAUCAUUUUACUGAAGCUCAUUAAAAUAGUAAUAUUCUAAUUUAAUCUUAAUAAUCACCAGAAUUAAAAGGAAUAUAACCAAAAUAAAUGAUUUAAAUAAAUUAAUAAACAAAAUUAUAACAUGCAUUACUUUAACUAAAAUAAGGAUUUUGCAUGAUUAAAUAUUCAGAAGGAUAAAGAAAACCAAAUAUUAAAAUUAUAUAUUUAACUGAAAAUGAACAAUAUAUAAAAUGGAAAGAUGAAUUAUAACCUUUUGAUUAAAAAAAUACUUCAGAAUAAAAAUCUAUCUAAAUUUCAUAAAUAAAAGAAAUCAAAGAUAAAGCUUAAGGAUCAGGUUUUGACAAAUUUAAGAAAUAUCGUUAGGGGAAAGAAUCUCUUGGAAUAACAAUUAUUGCAAAGAGAAAUUUGGAGUUAGAUGCACCUAAAUAAGAAAUUAAAGAUUUAUUUUUGGAAUGUUUAAAAAUUUUACAAGAAAAUAAAUAAAAUAACAAAUUUGAGUUGAAAAACAAAAAAUGA